AUGCAAACUCACAGAAGUGGAAUAACUCCCAUAAGCCACAACUCCUUCACUGAUAAGUGCUUCCCCUUGAAAAAAGCAUGUCACAUCGAAGUAUGGAGUUGUGAUGGUAACAAAUGCCCAGGCCCGGACGGUUUUAAUUUACGUUUUAUCAAGGAAUUCUGGGAUACUCUAAAAGAGGAUUUUGUGGGUUUCUUUGAUGAAUUUUUCGUUAAUGGUAAGCUGGUUAAAGGAGUCAAUAACUCUUUCAUUACUUUGAUUCCAAAAAAUGACAAUCCCCAGGGUUUAGGUGAUUACCGCCCAAUAUCCUUGAUUGGUAGUGUUUAUAAGGUUCUUACCAAGGUUUUGGCCAAUAGGAUGAGUAGAGUGAUGCCAACUAUAAUUUCUGGAUCACAGUCAGCUUUUGUGAAAGGUAGGCAGAUUUUGGAUGGGGUUUUAAUAGCAAAUGAGGUAGUGGAAGAGGCUCGGCGGUUGAGAAGAGCCUUGGUGUGUUUUAAGGUGGACUUCGAGAAGGCCUACGACUCGGUAAAUUGGGAGUAUCUUUGGGAUGUAAUGGGGAAGAUGGGUUUUGGACCUACAUGGGUGAGUUGGAUGCGAGAAUGUGUGUGUUUGACAAAAUCGUCUGUUCUGAUCAAUGGUAGCCCAACUGAGGAAUUCAAUGUAGGAAGAGGAUUAAGACAAGGGGACCCACUUUCUCCUUUUUUAUUCUUGAUUGCUGCAGAAGGGCUUAAUCAAAUGGUCCAGUUGGCGGUCUCUUUGGAUUUGUGGAAGAGUUUCAUAGUAGGCAAGGACAAGAUUCAGAUUUCCCAUCUUCAAUUUGCAGAUGAUACGUUGCUGCUGACUCAAGGGGAUUGGAGGUCUUUAGAAACUAUUAAGGCAAUAUUACAAAAUUUUGAAUUGGUAUCAGGCCUUAAGGUGAAUUUCAGCAAGAGUAAUUUGAUAGGUAUGAAUAUGCCGGAUCAGUGGUUAGAGCAAGGGGCGAACUUGUUGAAUUGUAGACGAGGAGCUUUUCCUUUUAAAUAUCUAGGGCUUCCCGUUGGAGAUCAUCCUGCAAGAGGAGCUAUGUGGCAGGUGAUAGUGGAGGUGGUUCAAAGAAGGUUGGCUUUGUGGGAGAACAAGUACAUUUCCCUAGCUGGCAGAGUGAUACUUCUAAAAUCGGUUUUGUCAGCCUUGCCUACCUAUUUCUUAUCCUUCUACAAAGCGCCAACAGGCAAGUGGAAAUGGAGGAUGCUAACGGAACCUAAUAGUCAAUGGGUGAGAGUGCUCAAUUCAAAAUAUGCAAAGGAAGACGGUUCAUGGGUAGUGGAAGGUCGGACUUGCUCUAAAUGGUGGGUGGAUAUGCAGUCAGUUGUGGAUGCGGUUCACGGAUGCUCUGGAUGGUGGAACCAACAUGUACGCCAUGUACUGGGAAACGGUAAGCAGACUCGCUUUUGGCAUGACAGGUGGAUCGGUGAAACUCGUUUUUGGGAUGAGUUUAGUCGCCUUUAUGAAAUCUCGUUAAACAAAAAUGACUCGGUAGAAGGAAUGUAUGAGGGUGGUUCAAAGUGGCGGUGGAGUUGGAGGCGCCCACUUUUUGCAUGGGAAGAGGAAAAGUUGGUUGAGUUGGCUAAUAGGUUGGCCUCGGUAGUUUUGACAGAGGCUCACCCAGAUGAAUGGCGUUGGUUAGCCGAAAGGUCAGGGAAAUAUUCGGUGGCAUCUGCUUAUAAGAUUUUAGCAAAGUCAAACCAUGUUCAAGUGGACACUUUUUAUGAUACGAUAUGGGCCAAAGGUAUCCCUCCUAAGGUUCAAGUUUUAGUGUGGCAGUUGGAAGCGGACAGGUUACCUACCCGGGAUAACCUCCUUUUGAGAGGGGUUAAUCUAGAAGGACAAAAUGGUUGUGUUUUUUGCGAAGAAGGCUCGGAGUCCAGCAAGCAUUUGUUCCUCUUGUGCCCAAAGGCUUAUGCUGUUUGGGUCAGAUUAUACGCUUGGUGGGGAGUGUCAGGGGUGCUUAUCAACGAACUUAGGAGUUUUUGUCAUCAAUAUAUGGGAUUGGUGAGUGGCAGUAAGGGUAUUAAGCGAGUUUGGUCCUUUGUUUGGUUUGCAGGUAUAUGGCAGUUAUGGAAGGCUCGAAAUGAGAACAUUUUCAAAGACAAACUCUUUAAGGUGGAAGAGAUCGUGUUCAUGGCACAGUUGAGAUCGUGGGAAUGGUGUACGGCUGCUAGAAUGGUGUCUUCUUCUUUUCCAGAAUGGUUGAUGAACCCAUUGUCCUGUGCAAGUGUCCCUUAA